AUGGGUUGUUGCUACAAUAAAUCAAACGUUGCUAUUAUCUCUGACACAAAUCCAGCCGUAAUAACAACUGCUGAAUACGAGCUCAUAGAAAAAGUGAUAUCAACUAUACCUUCUAGUCAACGUGAUUUGAUUCGAAGAAUUCCAUCUCAUUAUUUUGUUACAGCCUAUAGUUUUUAUCGAAAGGCUCAAGCUUUAUUGAAGCAUGAAAGAUUUGAAGAAGCUGAAUUAGCAUGUAAUAAUGCUGUUGAUAUGCUUUUACAGUACUUACAUCCAACACAUUAUAUAUUUCAAAAAAUACUUGAAUCCUAUACAUAUUCUUGUCUUCAUCGAGAACAAUUUUCAAAGGCUCUGUAUAGUACAUUGACCUGUAUUUUAAUUCAUUCUGCAAUAUCGCCUGCUGAUCGAGCAUUAUUAUCCGCGAGGGAAAAUUUUCAAAUAAUUGAAUAUUACUUUCGAAUGGGUCUCAUCUAUAAGAAGAUGAAUGACAUAAAGAAUGCUUUGAAAUAUAUGAUACAAGCACGACAAAUUAUUUCAUCGUGGCCUCAGAUUGAAGACAUAAUUAAUUUUACUCGAAUGAUUGAUGAUAAUAUUCGAGAUUUACGCGAACCAAAAUUAGUUGUUCAACCUGUUUAUCCUCGUCCCGGUGAAAGUGACAUUGAUUUUUCUCGACGAUUCACACUUGAAAUAGCUCAGUUUAACGCUCAGCGAGGCAUCCUUCAAUUCGAUGUAUCAGAAUUUACCCGAUUACCUUUGAAAGCGACCGAGUAUUUGGUUACACCAGCAAUUUUAAACAAAGUCUAUAAUUGUUUAUACAAUGAAUUAUCAAAAAAUGGCCUAAUGGCACGAAUCGCUCGUCUUGCUAUAGAAUCUCAAUUUAUUGCUGCUCAAAUAAAAAAUUCAAUACUAGAAUUGAAACAAAACAGCAUAUUAACACCUAUGUUGAUUGAAGCAGUUCUAACAAUAAUUAUUGAUAGACAAGAUAAAUAUUGCCAAAAAUUAAAAGAUGAAUUGGGAUUCGAGAUUUUCUAUACUGAUUGUAGUAAAUUCCAUCAAAAUGGUGUUCGAGUAUUUAAAAUAAGGCAUGUAAAAAGCAGCGAUCAUUAA